AUGGGAGGAGAUGACUUAUUGGCUAGCUUAAGCAUGGAGAGUUAUCACCCAUCGACAUUCUUGUCCAUGGAUUCUUCAAUUGCCAACUCGCAUAGCAAUAACGAGUCAUCAGACAGAGAUAUGAAUAGGCAGAUUGUUCUGCAGCCACCUGAUAUUAAUCUUCCCUUGUCUGCGGAGCGUAGUCCUCCACCGCAACCAUGGAAUGAUCCUUUUGAGUUGCUGGAGGUUGGUUUAGGGCACCAAGUCAGUAAUGAAUCGGAUAAGGUUAUUGUUGAUAUUCCAAAACUUGGUCGAAAAUGUGCCAAGAGGUUGGACAGUGUUUGGGGUGCUUGGUUUUUCUUCAGUUUCUACUUCAAGCCUGUUUUGAAGGAGAAAUCCAAGUGUAACAUAGUGAGGGAUAGUAGUAGUGGGGUUUAUACUGGAUUUGAUAAGUCGGAUCUUCAGCAAGAAGUCUUUCUAGUUCAGCACGAUAUGGAAAAUAUGUAUAUGUGGGUGUUUAAGGAGAGGCCUGAAAACGCGCUUGGUAAGAUGCAAUUGAGGAGUUACAUGAAUGGACACUCUCGCCAGGGUGAGAGGCCAUUUCCAUUCAGUGUUGAAAAGGGUUUUGUGAGGUCGCAUAGAAUGCAGCGAAAACAUUACCGGGGCCUGUCUAACCCACAGUGUGUGCACGGUAUUGAGCUGGUUCCUUCUCCUAAUCUUAUGGGUAUAGAUGAAGAAGAUCAGAAGAAGUGGAUGGAAUUGACUGGUCGAGACUUGAAAUUUUCUGUUCCUCCUGAAGCGAAAGAUUUCAGUUCAUGGAGGAACCUUCCCAGCACAGAUUUUGAGCUAGAAAGACCGAUUCCAUCGAUAAAGAGUGUUCCUAACCCACAGCCUUCUACGAAAAAGUUGCUUAAUGGUUCUGGUUUGAAUCUAUCCACUCAGCCAUCGUCAAAUCACGUUAAUGGCAAUGGAAUAAGCAUAGAUCUGUCAUCAUCAGCUUGCAGUAAGAAAAGGAAAGACCUUUUUUUGAACGGAGGAGCCGAUGAAGAUUGUAGUUUGGAUCGACAUCAAGAUGCAGACAUCCACCCUGUUGAACCACCUUGGAUGAGCGAGUUCACCGGGGUAAUGAGGAAUGUUUGUGGGCCUGUCACAGCUGCAAAGACCAUUUAUGAGGAUGAAGAAGGAUACUUGAUAAUCAUCACUUUACCUUUUGCGGAUCCUGAAAGAGUAAAAGUUCAUUGGUGGAACAAUCUGACUCAUGGCAUUGUAAAGAUAUCUUCCAUUAGUACAGCUUGUAUACCAUAUAUUCAAAGGCACGACAGAACAUUUAAGCUGACAGAUCCUUUCCCUGAGCACUGCCCUCCUGGAGAAUUCAAGAGGGAAAUACCACUUCCGACCCGAAUCCCUGAUGAUGCUAAGCUGGAAGCAUAUUUCGACAAAAGUGGAACUGUCCUUGAGAUUAAAGUGCCGAAACAUCGGUCUGGCCCGGAAGAACACGAGGUUCCAGUUUGUCUUCGUCCCCCCAAUGAAUUUGGUCUCUCCCACCGAGAUUUGAACGCUGUAUUUGCCGAAGACGAGGUUCUGAUCACAAAACAAGAAUUUUCUGGUUGUCCUCCUCCGAUCCUGACUCAAGUUUGUGUUUCUGUGUUUCUUCUUAAUUCUAUGGCUUCGGAAGUUCCUAAAGUUGUGAUUUAUCUUAGGGCAACUGGAGACGCACCGAUCCUCAAGCUGUCCAAAUUCAAGAUUGAUGGUUCUGACAAAUUUGUGAAAGUGAUUGAUUUCUUGCGCCGCCAGCUUCGUAGGGAGACACUGUUUGUGUAUGUUAACAGUGCCUUCUCACCUAAUGCGGAUGAGUUGGUUAUUGACCUUUACAAGAAUUUUGGUUUUGAUGGUAAAUUGGUGGUGAAUUAUGCUUCUUCCAUGGCUUGGGGUUAA